GACAUUGACACAAAUUGUGAUAGAUUCAAUUAAGAUUAUCAUUAAAUACCGGUCUAGUUGCAAUUUCAAACUAUACUUUAUUCACUCGAUUGUUAUAUCAGAUUCUAGAAAGCUGUUAACCAUUGAAUUGUGAUCAAUCUCAUACAUCUAAAUCUGAAGUCGUUAAACUUUAUCAAUUUCAACUUACAAUGCUUGUUAAUAUAAACUUCAUUUUGAUGCGAUGCCAAUUUUUGAUUAUAAAUAGAGUUGUCAAAAUUGUUUUGUAAUUAAACUAUAAUUGUUUGUGUUUUGUUUAAUUUAUACUGCCAGAGAUAUAAUCAAAUAAACUGGCAAUCUAAAUUUAUGUGAAACUGUGCUUUACAUACUAAACCUCCUUUGUUUUACCAACAUACAACCUAAGUUAUCCUGUAAACAAAGAAAUAUCCUGUUGUGAGUUGGAUAAAAAUUGUUGGCUACAAAUUACAAUGGCUAAUCUCAAUUUGGAGCCCUUGUUGAAAUUCAGUGAGAUCUUACUGGACCCUAAAACGGAGAGAAUACCCCUUUCUGAGUGGUUGGAUAGCUACAAUAGUGCAAAAGAUGGCCAUUUGAAGUACAUUUUGCAUAAAUGUAUUCCGUAUACUGAUUCACUAAAUUGUCAAGCUAUUCUUGACCAUGUUGAGGCUGAUUGUCCUUACGAGAAAUGUGAUUUAUUGAGCCAGUUAAUAAAUCUUGGAAGCGCAGAUCAAGAGUUAAUCAUGGAAUGGUUACUUCUCCAGGUUGAAACGCAAACACCUCGGUGUAAAGGUCAUUGUGUUUGCAGUUUAAUCAAGCUUGCCACCGAGAUGAUUAAAAGAAAAAUGCAAUGGCCGAUAAGCUCAAGUAUCAACCUACUUAAACUUGUCAAUAAUCAAAGAUGUGGUCUCGAUUGUUACCUGGAUUUUAUCUUGGUAUUAAUUGAGUCGAAGUUAAAUGAUCAUGGUUAUCUUGAAGAAUUACUCUCUGUUUUGGAGUCAAAUCUUAACCCUAAAGAUUACCUUCCUUUAGACGGAACGGUUGACGAUCAACCAGAAAUAAUUUUUAAAGAAAUAUCGAAUUCUAUGUUACUACGAAAACUUUUGCUUCCUCGUUUGAUCAUUUUAUCACAAUUAGGUCCCACAAAGUUGGAGGUGCAAUCACUGAAUCAACAGAUUAAAUCUAUGGAGGACCUGAUUUCCAAUGCAAUUCACUGGUCUCAUCAUCCAUUUAUUGACCUGUAUCUCGAAGAGGAUUCAAUGAUGUUGGAAUGUCUCAAUUCAUUGAUCAAGGUGCUAGCUCAGACCAAUGAGCCUGCAGCUCACAUUAUAAUGCAAGCAUUUCUGGACUCAAUCAAUCAUGAUGUCUCUAUUUACAUAGAAUGGUUAUCUGACCCAGAAAGCGCUGACAAAUCUCUCAGAGUCCUGUUGACCUAUCUUAAAUUACCAAAUAUUAAUUCGCAAUGUUCAGCUAUGGUUAAACUUUUCUUUAAUCAUCUAUUCAAACGAAUUGACGGUUUAUGGAAAAAGCAGCUAUUCCCUUAUAAUCCAAGUGCCUUGCUCAAGUAUCAAGAAAAAUUUUGAUAAUCGUAAUGGAUUAGCUAAUGUAAAACUAACUUUUCAUUCAAUUACAACUAUUGACCAAUUAAGUGCAUAUAACUUACUUUAUUCAUAUGACAAACGACCAUGCUGAUCAUUGACCUCAUGGAAUAGUCAGGAAUAUCGUUCCGUAUUUCAAACUUAAAUUAAAAAUUUCUUACUUAUAAAUUUACUGUACAUUUUUUCCCUCGAGAUCAAAUAUGGCAAAUUAAAAACUGAUUUACCUGUUUGACUCAUCAAAAGAUCGGUUAGAUCGUUCUAAUUCAUUGUAAAAAUUCAGAGGAUCUUUGAACUUGGCUAAGGAAUAUAUUCCAAUGGAUCCAGUUCACUCCAUACAAUAUGUUAAACAAUUCACUUGGAUCAUCAAACAACUUGAUAAUGCCGUGCAAUCUACAGCUUUUUAUUGAUGUUUUUUUACCAUACAAAUUAUUGUAAAGGUUAACAAGCUUUUAUAAUUUAGCCAGAGGGUGAUAAAACUUCUCAUCAUGCAGAUGGAGGAAAAAGUUGGAUAUUUCAAACGUUUAAUCGUAUAAUGUAUGAGUAGUUUAAAUCCAAGAAAUACCAUAGAGAAGCAAAAGCCUGAGAUGUUAUUACGAAAAGAGGCAAAUAAGAGAAGCAAAAGAUGAUGAUGACGAUGAAAAGCAACAAGGAAAACAACCUUCAAUUUUAUACUAUCCUGUACCACUGAUUCAUUGGAAAGAUGGAAAAUUCAAGAGGAAAGAAGAAAACCAGUUUUUCACCAUGAAAUUUUCUCUCCCUCUCCCUCUGAGCAAUCUGAUAGAUGAUUCUUGCCUACUACAAAUAGAGAAAUAAGAAAAGAAAGAAAGAGAAGAAGAAUACCAAGCAACAUCUUAUCGCCAAUGAAUUUUUCUAGUUUAAUAUCAGACAACAUCAUCAUUUUCUUUCUUUUUACAUGAAAAGAAACUUCUCAGGUCACUGUACCAUGAGAAAACAAGUGGAAAAAUCUUAUAAUCAUCAAGAAAAUGUUCUUUUUUGAAUAAUUUAUGCUUGGUUUGUUGAUGCUGUUGAGCAACAACAAUGGUUACAACUAAAUGUCACAUGCAAUGCAAAUGAAGGCAAUAAUGAACGGCGACUCGUUUAAAAUGAACCGACAAGUUGAAGAACUGGGAAACAAAAUGAAAAGUCAACACGAAAAUAACCAUUUUGAGAUGAUGUUGAUGGACAUUUGAUGAUGAUGAUGAUACAGUCCAAAAUGAUUAUAGUGGAGCCAGUCUUAUCAAGUUAAAGUGAAAGUCUCUGGAACCAUAAAAACUUAUGUAACAUUAAUUUGAGAGGUUUACAAUUUUGUAUUAUUAUUGUGAAACUAUGUAAUCGCAAAAUUUGUUACACCCGUGUGUGUGUGUGGGUGAGUAAAGAAAGGCGAAUAAAACAAUUGGAAAUUUAC